UCACUUUUUUCUGUUUUAAAAUAACUUAAAACGUGCAUAAUUAUUAAAUAAACGCAGUGCGCUGCACCAAAAUACACCAUUUCACAUCACUACAAUAGCAAAACAUUUGAGCACACCGUCCAAAAUAACGGUGAAAACAGCAAAAGGAAGAGGAUUGUAGAAGCGGCGUGCAAAAAAAGGACGCCGACACCAAAAAAGAAGAAAACCCGAAUUCCACACACAAAUUCCUUGGCACAGUUGUAAAAUAUGAGCAAAGACAUUUACUACUCGGAUAAAUACUACGAUGAACAAUUCGAGUACAGACAUGUGGUCUUGCCGAAGGAGCUCGUCAAGCUGGUGCCCAAAACGCAUCUGAUGACAGAAAUGGAAUGGAGAUCAAUUGGUGUACAGCAAUCGCGUGGCUGGAUCCAUUAUAUGAUACAUAAGCCGGAGCCGCACAUUUUGCUAUUUCGACGUCCCAAGACGGAGGAGUAGGCGAACAAUAAACACACAACACACUCUCUCGCAGACACUCUCGUUUACACACACACUACGCACAUACACACACACCAACACACACACAUGCACAAGCAGCGCUCAGUUACAGCUGACGUUUGCGGAGCAGCUGCUGCUGCUGCUGCGACUGCGACUGCGCAAAUGGUGGUAGCUGCACAACUGUUGCGGCGACGGCUUAUUACCAACAAAUGCAACAACUACAACAAAUGCAACAACUACAACAAAUGCAACAACUACAACAAAUGCAACAACUACAACAAAUGCA